UCGUUGACCAGCUCACUCUCGUCUCCUCGCUCUCCCGUCCGUUCGAGUCAUCCGCAUCGUCCACAUUGUCCCCAGGCCGUCAUCUGCGAAGUGCAUUGGACCAUCAGCACUCCACAAGCCCGCCCUGGUCGCGUUUCCGAAUGAAUUUUCCGAUGGAAAAUGCUUUGCCGGUGUCUGUGGCAACGGAUAUGGAUGGUCAUCCGUGAACGUGCCCGUCGCUGAGCAUGGGGAUGCACCCGCCACGAUGCCAGUCUCCGCAAGCCCAUUCUUGUCACCUUCUCUUGAAUUUUGGGAACACUUUUUGGAUAUUUGUUUAAAACUGCUUUGUCUGUUGACGAGGGAAGUUUCAUUGACAUUUGAGUUUGCAUACCAUAGGCAGCCUUCCGCUUACUCCACUGAACGCCUCACAUAUGCUCCCUCCUUCCUUCAAACUUGCGCGCAUAAUAUACUUCGGCAAACGCAAACAUUCGCUUUGAUUACAGGAUCAGUUGUUUGUUUCCGCAAUCGGCUAGCUUGCAUCUCAGCUUAGAAGAUGGAUGCCAAAGAAAUAGAAGUCAGGUCAAAGGCCCUGACCAAGGCCGCGGGCUCCGCCGAACCUUCCUCGACAAUCAUUUCAAUACUUAAAGACCUUCAGAAUGGCGUUCGACCUACCGAGGAUCUCCUACGUGCUACCAAGAUCGGUAUCACCGUCAACAGGUUGAAGACACACAAGCAUCCUGACGUUGCCCGGUUAGCUAGCGACAUCGUUCACAAGUGGCGUCACGAGGUCAACAAGCAGAAGACGGGUGCAUCUCCAGUGGGGAGUCAGCGAUCAAGCGAUUCUCCUAAACAAACCCCUAACGGCAUGGCGACGCAAACUUCCGGAGCUGAAGCGUCGGAUAAGAUGUCGAAAUCCACAGUUCCUCCCGAUAAGAGAAGCUGGAAGGCAGAUCAGGUCAAUACGGCUCACACGCAAAAUAAAACCCGCGAUAGCUGUAUCGGCUUACUAUACGAUGGCCUGUGCUUGAACUCAACCGAAUCACCCCGUACGGUCCUUCAAAAGUCUAUUGAGGUUGAAGCGGCCGCAUAUAGUGUAUUUGGCCCUGAAACUAAAGAGCAAUAUCGUACCAAAAUUCGCAGCCUAUACCAGAAUCUUAGAAACAAAUCUAACCCGGCCCUUCGUGUGCGUGUCCUCAGCAACGAAAUCGCGCCUGAUAAGUUUGUCCGCAUGACGCAUGAUGAGUUGAAAUCCGAUGAGCGACGGGAAGAAGAUCGCAAAAUCGAAAAAGAAAACAUGGACAAGGCUAUGGUUGCCAAGGCCGAGCGAAGCAUCAGUAAAAGUUUACAAUGCGGAAAAUGCGGUCAGCGCAAAGUCACGUAUACCGAAGCACAGACGAGAAGUGCUGAUGAGCCGAUGACUUUGUUCUGCACAUGCCUUGCUUGCGGUAAGUCCUGGCGUCAGUAAGAAAGGAGGAAAGGGGGCGCUGUUGCGGACUAUUGAUAAACUUCUCUUCAACUUUCGAGAUUCUUACUGUAUCCUGAUAUGGGUUCUACAAGGUAUUUCUGGGCGCUGUUGCGAUCCUAAUUUCUCUAAUUUGGACGAUUGUUUUACUAUCGGGAAGUGGCCUUUUUUUAUCAUGGAUGGCGUCUUGCGUUUCACUCGGCGGUGCUCUCCUGUAUUUUCCUUUUCCUUUUUUUUCCUUGUUGUUCUUUGACCCUCAAGCCCCGAACUGUCUCUAUGCUGACAGCCCCCUUUUGCCCCUUCUCUUCGACCCAACUUUUCCUGGCAGGGUACUUCGUACAGCUUGUUCUAUUAGAUUAGAUUUACAGGCCAUAAUUAACUCUAUCGGGCGCUGAUUAAAAUUUGAUCUGGUUACCUGGCCAU